AACUCUGGAGCCACAUAUAUUGUUUCCUAGACAUCCACCAAGUAACUUUGGCCAAUCAAAAUUUCUUUAUUGAUUGAAAGGUUAAUCCAAUGGUUAAGAUGAGUUUUUGAAGCAUAACAUCGAUGCUGGUUAAGUAUUUGGGAACUGUAAAAGGUGAGUGUGUUUGGUUCUGUAUCAAGGUCAGUAAUGGCAGUUAGAAUUGGUCACACCAUAAGCUUACCAACGACAACAACCACAAGAAAAACAUUCGUUUCUUCCAAAACCCAAUUUCAAAGCUUACCCUUUUCCAGUUUUGGAUUACCCAAAAGAGUCUCCUUCUCUGUUCGAGCUAUGGGUUCAUCUGCAUCUUCACAGAGACCAGACAACAUUCAGGAGGCAGGAAAGGUUAAUUAUGCUUCUGUAAGUGAUGAUGAAUGGAAGAAGAGGCUUUCAGCUGAACAAUUUUACAUUACUCGUCAGAAGGGAACUGAAAGGGCUUUCACUGGGGAAUACUGGAACACCAAAACCCCUGGAACUUACCACUGCAUAUGCUGUGAUACACCUCUCUUUGAAUCAUCCACUAAAUUUGACAGCGGAACUGGUUGGCCAUCUUAUUAUCAGCCUAUUGGAAACAAUGUGAAGUCGAAGUUAGAUUUGUCGAUUAUUUUCAUGCCGCGUGAAGAAGUUCUUUGUGCUGUUUGUGAUGCUCAUUUAGGCCAUGUCUUUGAUGAUGGCCCGCCACCAACCAGAAAACGUUACUGUAUAAAUAGUGCUUCCUUGAAACUGAUAUCCAAGUGAGAGAUUUUGCGCGUCGCCAUUCUUGCUUGUAAAGCUACAAAAUACAUGUUGAUAUUCACUCAAAACAUUUGUUGUGUAAAAUUGUGGAUGUUGUAAACAUUGUCCUUACAUCAUAUUCCCUUGCAUCACAUCACAAAUUAAGCAAUAAUUAUAUAAUCUAUACAGCUUUUGUA